AUGCCCCGCUACACACCGAACCAGUACUAUGGGGAACCGAGCAAUAUCGGUCAUCAACUGGAUUACAUUCCUGGUGGAGGUCGAGGUCGCUCAUUCGUGUACCCUCAUGCACGAACACUCUCACUUUCACAGAACCAACACAGCGGCCUUCCUGCCUACCCCCAGCGGGACCCGCGCUCAAGCAAUACCCAGCCGACAAUGUCCAGGACGACGCCGGGAUCAGUGUCUGGCGUUUCACCGGGCGACGGUUCACCGAAUACCCCCGAUUUGACCUCAUCCACUGCAGUGGUUCCGCCAGCACUUCGACCUCGAGGUUACGUGCCCCCAUCAGCGAGGACACAGCAAGGAACACAGCACCCGGCCUCUACUACUGCUUCUCCAGUGCCAACGUCGUCAAGUUAUUAUCAGCAGUCGCAAGCUCAACAACAUUCGCAUACGGCUGGCCCAUUCUCUCAUCUGCCACCACAUCCUGAAGAAUUCGACGAUGGCGCCUAUAUUGCUCCGCUAGUUACGUCGCCCGCCCAGUCAUCGUCGGCCAACUUUGUGACAACUGGCACGCCGCCUUCACGCUCGAUGAAUGCGGGAAACUCCAGAUAUGGGCGCCCCCUUCCGCAACGGCUAGAACUUGCUCGGCGAGCACAUUUACUUGGCCAUCAUUACAACCCGCAGGCUGCGCAGGCCAUUGUGGAGGCUCAUAUGCAGCUGCAGCGCCAACGCCAGCGUCAGCGCCAGGGGCUCGGUACCCACCCCACGAAGCCAUCCGCAAGUCUUGAUAAUGCGAAAGACGGCCGCCCCGAACCAAAGGAGGCGCAUGAAAUGCGAGUGUCGCUCGAAUGCAAGGUUUGCUUCACCCAACUCGUUGAUACGGUACUGCUUCCUUGCGGCCAUGCUGUCCUCUGUCGGUGGUGCGCCGAGAUUCAGAUCCCCAACAGCAUUCUGGAACGAGGCUUGCUUGGAGGUCAGCCCCCGUGUGUGAUAUGCCGAGCGCCUGUGAAGCAAAAGGUAAAGGCCGAUGUUGAAGACUUCCCUGGAUCAUUGACCAUCGCUCACACUGACUUGGGGACACAGUGCUAUGGACACCCUCCAUGUAUCGAUACACAUCACUGGAUAGCUGCUACUUACCAUCUUGGCCUGAAUGGGAGAGAGGGAGAGGGAGAUACAUUAGAAUUACAGCUCAUGUCCAAAUCCCCGAAUGAAAAUGGGUUUAAUCGAAAAGGCGUUGGUAUUCCGGCUCUCGGCUGUUACCGUGGUUGGAAGGACGGGAAAGUAGGAAAAUAUCCGAGUUUUCUUGGUCGCAUUGAACUUCUGGGAUUAAGUAAUGACAAGACCAAUGGUGGGCAAGAUCCCACAUUAGAUUUCGAUGCAAUCUGGCCCAUCACCAACGAUGGCGCAGAGGCCGACAUUGUCUCCCCCCACCAACCCUACUGUUCCGGAACCCAGAAUCACGCUUAUCAACAUCGCGGAACAACGGGCUCAGAUGUAUUACCUGAAGGUUUAAUCUGGGAAUGCGAGUGGUCUUAUGGGGCCAUGUCAGAGACUGGCAGCUUCUCUGCAGAACCUUCCACUCCGUGUGCUGCACGGGUAUUUAAACCUUCGUGCAUGAGCUGGCUCUGCUUGAUGCGCUGGAACCCUCGGAACACUAGCGAGGAACGCGACCCUCUCAAUUCGGACGAAGAUUGUUUGGGGGGCCCUAUCAGUUGCAGUGGUACUGACUAG